AUGCCGGCCACUCGAGGCAAUGGGCUGUUUCAAUGCGGCUCUUGCCAGCGCCAGUACAAGCGACCAGACCAUCUGACCCGCCAUGUUCGCUCUCAUCUUGAUUCAAAGCCACACCAGUGUCAUCUGUGCCAGAAAGCAUUUACUCGGAUUGAUCUUCUGAAAAGACAUAUCGCCGCACAUGAAGCUAAAGGGGACCACCUCAACCCAUCCCUCUCAGAUGGCAGCUCAAGUUCUUUGAGCAGAGUAUCACAAGCUUGCCAAUCCUGCGCUUUGAACCACCUCCGAUGUACCGAGACGAAGCCAUGCCGUCGUUGCGUGUCCAAAGGCAUUGAAUGUGUCAGUAGUCGUCCCCUUGAUGCUGAGAACGCCUUCACACCCCCGGAGACUGUACCCCAACAGAACGCGGCAUCUCCAAAUGUAUCAUUACAAGAUACGGGUGACAAGACCUUGAAUACUACUUCUUAUCAGGAAAAUAUCCUCCAAGAAAAUCUACUAUCUGACCUUGAUGUCACUCAAGCAAUAGCAAAUGACUUUAUUGAAGUCCGAUCAUUUCCUAAGCAUCCAGACAUGUUGUUUGCCUCUGGAACCAGCACCCCGUUUGGGCCAUUCAGCUUCGACCCAGAUAUGAGUAUGGAACUGGACGACAUCGACCUUAGAUUUCUGGACUCUUAUAAUGUUAAUAUCCCCUUCGGUGCCGACGAAUAUACGCCAACUCCUUCCAACAUCUUUUCAAUGGGUGAGGGCGCGGGCUCCACACCAAGGAGUAUAUGCACAGACGCCUAUCGGACUUCGCACUGGAGAUUUCGGCCUGGAGUCAACGAUCAUGGGGGAGCAGAGGAGGAGAACUUAAUUCUCACUGACGACGGUCACAAUCAGCCUGAAAAGCGAGUCCCCGUUGAAACAAGAAUUACCUCGGCAAGCCUGGCUACCGCUGGACGGGAUAAACUUAUAACGACGAUCAUGAGAAGCUGCAGGACAGACAGUCUUUUCAAAGCAGCGGCAUCCUUCCCCUCUAUAAACCUCCUAGACUCACUAUUGCAGUUCUAUUUCUCUUCGCCUUCGUCUGAAGCAAGAUACUUUCUUCAUGCGCCCACCUUCGACCCAAACAAGAAACGAUCUGAGUUGAUCAUGGCCAUGGUAGCCCAUGGUGCUGUGUUAACACUGGACCCGACGUUUCUGAAAUUGGGGUUUGCUAUGCAAGAGUCGACGAGGGUCGCUAUACCCACACUAUGGGAGGGCAAAAAUGCUUUGAUUCGUGACCUGCAGCUGACUCAGGCGUUCUAUAUCACUUUGGAGAUUGGCUUGUGGAGUGGACACAGUCGCAAGGUCGAAAUAGCGGAGAGCUUUCUCCAACCAAUAUUGACUAUGCUCCGGCGAGGGGGAAGGUUCAGAAAUUCUUCGUAUCCCGAUAUUACUCUAAGUCGGAAUACAAGGGGAGAAGAGCUUGAGGAGACCUGGAGCAAAUGGGUCGAGCAGGAAUCAUUCAAGCGUAUAUGUUUCCGGAUUUUGCGGCACGACAGCAAUUCCUCAGCGAGCCUCCUCACCAACCCUCUGAUUUCAUACGCCGAAUUGAAGCUGCCUCUCCCCGCAUCUGACAAGCUGUGGUCUGCUCCAACAGCCGAGCGGUGGAAGGAGGCUUUCCUGGCUGACAUACUUGAGUCAACGCCGGCUAUCGGCGCCUACCUUGAGGACCCGAGGCUGUUCGCCACCAUUGGCAACAGGAACGAUCUCUUAAGCAGAAGUCACGCCUUUUUAUCCUGUAUAUGGAGUAUGGCGUGGGAGUACAUCCAGUUAAACUCCAUGCAGCGUACUGCCCCUGGUCGGUGGAGUGGCAUCGUUCUGAAGUCCCGCCAGGACGAACUGCUGAAGCUUCUUGAGCACUUCCGUCUGAGCACAGAGCCCGGCGUGGCAUUCGCCCCAGAUGUCACAAUGCGCACUGAGCAGAUUCUCUUGCAUCUGUAUAUAUCCAUCGAGGACGUCCAGGUGUUUGCUGGUAUCGAGGGCCCGGAGCGGUCCUCUGCCAUUUAUCCCAUCAUUCAAGACUGGGCCAAGGAGGAAUCAGCACGCAGGGCAGUUUGGCAUGCCGGCCAGAUCUUGCGAGCAGCCCGGCUGAUACCAAAAGAGCAGAUCCGGGAUUCGCUGGCCAUCAUGAUGUAUCAUGCCAGCCUCGCCCUCUGGGUAUAUGGGGUGGCUUGUGGGGAUCAUCCAAGAGACACCCUUCGCUCACCGAGAUCCAGCUCAGGUAGGGAGGUAUUCUUGGAUGGCACGGAUGGCGUUCAUGUGCAGCGGUUCAUGCAGCUCGGCAACGGGGUUCCAUGCAUCCAAAUCCCGUCCGCAGAUGCUACGGCGUAUGCUUCAUCUACUUCCAGUGUCCCGUUGGCAUGCCAUGAAACGGUCAUGGAUACCGUGGUGGCCUACCUGCAUGCGAAUUACCCGGGUGAGGGGAGGCCACUUUUGGUAGAGGAAAUCAUACAGAUCAUGGUAGGACUACGCAACUCGGAUAAGACGCUUGUGGAUCGGUCCCUUACAUGA